AUGACGUGGAUCUGUACGCGGUCUCUUGAUCUUCAAUCUAUCGUCCUUCUUCAGAUUCCUAUCUACUUGUACUCCCUUUUGCUGGCUGAUUUUACAAACGAUGGUUAUCUCCGUGAAUUAUCUGUUCAUGCUCAGCAUUACCUAAUUCAAGAUUACCUUCCGGCAAUGGAAUCGCUAUAUGCUGCAGUUAACGAAGUCUUAAAUAAGCUGAAGGCAGAAGCAAUCACAGUGAAAAAGUGCUGCUCAGUCAUUAAGAGAAUAACAAAACAUGAGUGGAAAGAAGCUGUUGCAGUUUUGUUCAUAACGAUGCUUAAACUUUUCACUAAACGGCCUAAGGAACGUUGGUGUGAUAGUGUGCAGUCAGUUGAUGGAAACAAAAUAGAGGAUAUUUUGGCUGUUGCUAGAUGUGAACUAUGCGAAUCCGUUCUAGAUAGUAUCAACGAAGUGAUUACGAACGAUGGACUCGUUGAAAAAAUGACGGAGCUCAGAAAUCUUAUUGAAAAAUCCCCAGAAGAAGGAAAAGGAUGGCGACCAAGUGGCAUCCCAGAAAAAGACAUAAUCGGUCACUUACGACCAAUUGUCAAUGAUUACGAAUCAGAUUUGAUCAAGCUGAAGCAAAAAUUGCAGGAAGAAGUUGAAGUGAGCAUCAGCCAUCCUGGCUCUUCUUACAAACUGAGAAACCGUGAAAUUUUGAACAAAAUGUUUCUGAAUAUAAUUCCUUACAAUGAUUUUUGGGUUUUGCCUACAUAUUUCUGCAAACAGUUAUUCAGUCGAGAGCACAAAACUGCUAAUAAUUGA